AUGAAGACUCGGCAGAACUUGCUUUUGAUGAUCAUAGCUAGUGCAGCGGUUUUCAGCUUUGCCACCGCUUGCUCCAAUGGACAGUGCAAGCUUUUAGAACAAUGCUCAUCAGACGGAGAUUGUGAGGCAGGGCUUUUCUGCUCCUCUUGCCCAGAAGCCUUUACCGGCUCUAGAUGUAUAAGAUCAACCAUUACAGACCAAUUCAAGCUUUUGAACAAUUCUCUGCCAUUCAACAAGUAUGCGUUUUUGACAACCCACAAUGCUUUUGCUAUUGAGGGAGAGCCUUCUCAUACUGGAAUUCCUCGCGUUACCUUCACAAAUCAAGAAGAUACUAUCACUCAACAGCUAAAUAACGGGGUUCGAGCCUUAAUGCUCGAUACGUAUGAUUUUAAAGGAGAUGUGUGGUUGUGCCACUCUUUCAACGGAAAAUGCCAUGACAUUACUGCAUUUGUAAGCAAACCCAGAACUAACUAUAGAUACCAGCUCAUGGAGAUCAUGAGAGCAUUUUUAUCAGCCAACCCAGCAGAAAUUGUCACAUUGAUAUUAGAGGACUAUGUUGAAGCUCCAAAUGGAUUGACAAAUGUCUUCAAAGCUUCUGGGUUGAUGAAAUACUGGUUUCCAGUGACAAGCAUGCCCAAAAAUGGUCAGGACUGGCCACUGGUUAGUGACAUGGUUGCUAAGAACCAAAGACUACUUGUAUUUACUUCAAAAAGUGCCAAGGAACAAUCUGAAGGGAUUGCAUACCAAUGGAACUACAUGGUUGAAAACCAAUAUGGGGAUGGUGGAAUGAAGCCAGGAAAUUGUCCAAAUAGAGGAGAAUCAGCACCUCUAAAUGACAAGACUAAAUCAUUGGUGUUGGUUAAUUAUUUUACUUCCAUUCCCAUCAAGCAAGUCAGCUGUGCAAUUAACUCUGGGGAUCUGAUUAAAAUGCUCUACACUUGUUAUGGUGCGGCUGGCAACCGAUGGGCUAACUUCGUCGCUGUCGAUUUUUACAAGAGGAGUGAAGGAGGAGGGUCGUUUCAAGCUUUAGACACCCUGAAUGGGGAGCUCUUGUGUGGAUGCAAUGAUGUACAUGCAUGUGUGCCAGGAUCAACUCCAGGGUCUUGCCAGCCAUAG